AUGGGUUGUAUAGCAUCUGCCCUCCUUCGACCUCGGGUUCUCCCUGAAAUAACAGUAGCCCUUGUCUGGGCUUCCCACGAGGAGAUUGUAUCCCUCGUCAAUGCCACCGAAACUCUUGAGGUCAAGUUUCAGGAGCCGGGCAUGACAUUCACUGCGACGCCAACGACCGGUGCAGCGACCACACCGUCCACUGAUCAGUCUGAGGAAAAGCAAACCGAGCCUGUUGCUGAGCAAACCCAACAGGGUCAAAUUUACUACAUUCAAACAAAAAACCUCAACCGGCCGGUGAACUAUAUCAGUCAUGUACGCCUCAUACUUCUGCCACCUGGGCUCCAAUUAAUAGCGGGCGGCAUUCAAACCCUAGCACCCGGUGUGCGAGUCGUGAUCCCUCAUGCCACGACCAUUGCCAUACCUCUCACGCCUGUGCUCCCUCGAGGACUUCUCCGGAAGAUCAUCAUCAGUGAAAACAGCCCAAUGUCGGCGACUCAGUCACUGGGGCAUGUGUUGGCUGAGAUAGACCAGUUUGCUGGUUGGGAGAGUAGCUGCUGGGAGCUCUUUAUCUGGUGGCUGCUUUUAUUGAGACCAUACUGGUGCUCAAUUGCGUGCGUUCUGGUGCUUGUCCCUUUGCUCAUCCUAGUGAUUGCCUUGCCUUGA